AAAAACUAUUUUGUUAAUCCAUGUAAAAGCAUAUUAUAAAUGAGCUAUCCAUAGAAAUUGGUAGCUUGCCCACACAAUUAUAAGUAGUACAGCUUUAAACUAGAAUCAAAUAGACCUUUCGAAUUAUUGGAAUAUGAAGACUGCGUUAAUGGUAGCGGAAAAACCUUCCCUAGCACUUUCUUUAGCACAGAUUUUAAGUGAUCGACAAUGCAAUACACGGAAGAGUAUUAACUCUGCUUGUAGCGUGCACGAGUGGACAGGCACAUUUAAAAAUGAAAUUGUUAAAUUUAAAAUGACCUCUGUAUGUGGACAUGUAUAUACUUUAGACUUCGAUUCCAAGUAUAAUAAUUGGGACAGCGUGGAUCCAGUUGAAUUAUUUACAUGUCCUACAGAGAAAAAGGAAGCAGCACCGAAUUUACGAAUACCCAUGUUUCUCUCUCACGAAGCUAAAGGAUGUGAUUAUGUCAUAUUGUGGCUGGAUUGUGAUAAAGAAGGUGAAAACAUAUGUUUUGAAGUUUUGAACUGUAUACAAAGAAGUGUAAAGUUUGAUGUGCGAGAUGCAAGGUUUGUAUAUCGGGCAAAAUUUUCAGCUAUUACAGAAAAGGAUAUAAAAUCAGCAAUGAUUAAGCUAGGAAAACCUAAUGAGAAUGAAGCCAAAAGCGUAGAUGCUCGUCAAGAAUUAGAUCUUAGAAUUGGAUGUGCUUUCACAAGAUUUCAAACUAAAUUUUUUCAGGGUCGUUAUGGAGAUUUAGAUUCAACUCUAAUAUCUUAUGGACCUUGUCAAACACCUACUUUGGGAUUUUGUGUUCAGAGACAUGAUGAGAUUCAAAGUUUUAAACCUGAACCAUUUUGGUAUGCUAAAUUACAAUUAGAAUCUUUGGAUAUAGCCCUGUCAUGGAGUAGAGGUAAUAUAUUUGACAAAACAGUUGCAGUAUUACUUCAGUCCCUUUUAUCGGGUUAUGAGACAGCUUCUGUCACAUCCGUAACUUCGAAAGAACUAGCAAAACAAAGACCAUUAGCCUUAAAUACUGUAGAGCUUAUGAAAGCAGCAAGUGCAGGAUUGGGUUUAGGUCCUCAUAGUGUAAUGCAUAUUGCAGAGAAAUUAUAUACUCAGGGUUAUAUAAGUUAUCCCAGAACUGAAACUACACACUAUCACGAUAGUUUUAAUACAAAAGAUGUUUUAAAUAUUUUAUCUCAUUCUCAAGAAUACAAGGAAUUGGUUGCAAAUGCCAAAAUGUCAAAUCAGAAACCUAGAAAAGGUCAUGAUGCAGGAGAUCAUCCGCCUAUAACACCAUUAAAAAACGCCUCCCGCAGUGAUUUUGUAGAUAAUGAUUCAUGGAGAAUAUAUGAUUACAUUUGUCGCCAUUUUAUUGCAUCUUUAAUGCAGGACUUGAAAUAUAAAUGUAUAACUUACCAAAUGCUGCUUGGUGAUGAAUAUUUUCACUGCGUAAGCAAUUCUCUUAUUCAUGCUGGUUAUACAGAAGCGAUGCCAUGGCAGGGUUUUGGGCAAAAUGAUAAUAAGUUGAAUUUAAAUGUUGGGGAUAAACUUCCUGUUAAAGAUUUACAACUCAUAGAAAGCCAAACAAGUCCACCAGAUUAUUUGACUGAAUCAGAGCUAAUAUCUUUAAUGGAAAAACAUGGUAUAGGUACUGAUGCCUCUAUACCAGUUCAUAUAAAUAACAUAUGUCAACGAAACUAUGUUUCAGUAAGUUCUGGAAGAAGAUUGAUACCAUCUACGUUAGGUAUAGUAUUAGUUCAUGGAUAUCAGCGUGUGGACUGUGAACUGGUGUUACCGACAAUGAGAAGUGCCGUUGAAGAGCAGCUAAAUCUUAUAGCACUAGGUAAUGCAAACUUUAAUGCAGUUUUGAAACAUGCUAUCAAGAUAUUCCAACAAAAGUUUAAUUAUUUUGUUGGGAAUAUCAACUUAAUCGAUCAAUUGUUUGAAGUGUCUUUUUCUGCGCUCUCAGAGUCAGGAAAAAAACAUUCUCGAUGCGGAAAAUGUCGACGUUAUAUGAAUUAUAUUCAAGCAGCACCCUCACGUCUCUAUUGUGCACACUGUGGUGAAACUUACUCCCUUCCCCCUGGUGGUAUUUUAAGGGUUUAUAAAGAAUUAAAAUGCCCAUUGGAUGAUUUUGAGUUAUUAAGUUAUUCAACAGGUGUUAUGGGUCGUAGUUUUCCUCUAUGUCCCUAUUGUUAUAAUAAUCCACCAUUCAGCAAUAUGUCUCGAGGUUGUAAUUCUUGUACUCAUCCAACGUGUCCACAUGGACUUAUGAGUAAUGGCAUUGCCAAAUGUUCAGAUUGCUCUGGAAAAAAUAGUGGCAUAUUAGUUUUAGAUCCAUCAUCAGGCCCUAAAUGGAAAAUAGGUUGUAAUGCUUGUGACAUCAUAAUCAAUGUGUUUGAAGAUGCACAAAAGGUACUAGUAGAGAAAACAGAAUGUGAUGAAUGUGGUUCACAAUUAUUAUCUGUAUUAUACAAACCAGAAAAAUCAAAAUUUAAAAAUGCAUCAGAAUUAACAGGUUGCAUAUUUUGCUCGCAAAGCUUUACUCAUUUAGUUAAAAAACAUUUUGCUGUUAAAAGUAAAUCUGUAGUAACUGCAGGAAAAGUUCGAAUAAGCAACAGGGUUGGUAACAGAAUGCGCAGAAAACCACGACAUCCAAAAGAUAAAAUGUCACAAUUAGCUGCUUAUUUCGUUUAAAUAUUUAUACAAAAAAAAUCAAUGUAUAAAUAAUGUGUGGCGCGUACAGUAGAAUUCACAAUCGAAGAAAAAACUGGAAAAUAAAUUACAAUAAUUAGCGACACGAAAAAGAAAACGAAUUUUGUAUUGCAUACAAAUAUCUGUAUUAAAUGAUAAAGAAAAUCAUAUAUGUAUGAUUUAUAAAUAUAUGUUUAAUAUAUUUAAGAGCAUCAAUCCAUCUUGACCUUACCUUAAUUCAGCCAGGUUCCAGCCUGAAUAAAAUUCUGUACUGUGACACUGAGUAAAUUAACAGAAUUAAGUGAUUUGUGUAUUUGUAAUAUCCAAAUGUGCGAAGAAAUUAAAAAAUACUCUACUGUCAAAAAUAUUAAUUUGUAUAAUUAUAAUCUGAUUA